AUGGGUCUUCCACACGAGGAUCCACAACAGCAUAUCCUAAACUUCUUGGAGAUUAGUGUCACUUAUAUCACUAAUGGAGUCACUCCAGACUAUGUGAGGCUCACACUUUUUCCAUUCUCACUGUUGGGCGAAGCAAAGCGAUGGCUGAAGGCAGAACUAGUUAAUUCUAUUACCUCAUGGAAUGAUUUGGGAAGGAAAUUUCUGGCAAGCUUGAAAGAGGUUCAAGGGGCUAAUCACAGACUGUCCUCAUCACAAUCAGACAAGAGAAGUAUUAGCUCACACUUUCAUAGAAUACAUCCUGAAACAAAGAUUGUGGUAGAUGCUAUAGCUGGAGGUCAAGGGUUGGAGAAAAACUUUGACGAGAUAUAUGCAUUAUUGAACAAAUUCUCCAAAAGCAAUCCGGAUUGGCAAGGAGAGAUGGGUAGACACACAGUGCAAAAGUCUGUAGGAGUUCUUGAGUUAGAUGUCAUCUGA